CCUGGUUACGGGAGCUCUACGGUAGAGGAGAGCUAGCCGGCUAGCAGCGUCUCUCAAUCCGCUUUUUUUGUCACGGUGUUCAUAUACCGUCAGCUCUCUGUGCAAAGUAGAGACAGUCACGAAUGGUGAAGAUAGAAUGCUGAGUUCUCAACUUGUUUUCUGUUCACUUAUUGAAAGCUGCACAUUUAUGGCGUUUGUCAGUGUGAGUGGAGACUUCUGCCAGGCACAGCACCUGGUCAUUGUGGACAAGUGAACAGAGGGCCUGCCAUAUGAAGAUUAUACUACCUGACUGCCCGUCUUACAUUCUGCACUUUCGGGGAGCGUCCUUUUUUUUUGUCCAAAGUUGAAGUGUAUGAAUUGGUUCGAGCCAAUCCAGGUACUAGAGAGCGAAUCGUUUUCCCCUCUCUCUAGUGCCAACUGAUCAUCUCUCCUCUCCUGAAUGGGGUAAUUAUAAAUUGCGAAUCGGAAGGAUCGUCCCCUUCUUUAGUAUUUAUUUUAAAAUCGUGGGAGCGUGAAAGUGGUUUCCUUCUCCUGUUCCCUUUUUUUAGAACAUUCAGAGAUUUGUCUAAAAGUCAAAGCGCUCAGAUAUUUUGAAAUCAUUACUUUUACCCCUGUAGAAGAUUUGGAAGUUGUUGGGUUCUUCCCCCCUGUAAAGUACUAUUAAAACUUCAUUCGAGUGUCAAAAUGAAUCGCCCUGCUCCUGUUGAGAUCACUUACGAAUGCAUGAGGUUUCUCAUCACCCACAAUCCCACCAAUUCACAACUGACCAAGUUUACAGAGGAACUGAAGAGCUUUGGAGUGCAGACGCUCGUCCGGGUUUGUGAUGCAACUUAUGACAAGGCACCAGUGGAAAAAGAAGGCAUUGAAGUUUUGGAUUGGCCUUUUGAUGAUGGUUGUUCGCCCCCUGAUCAAAUUGUUGAUGACUGGUUGAACCUUCUCAAAUGUAAAUUCAAGGAUGAACCAGGCUGUUGCAUUGCAGUACAUUGUGUUGCUGGAUUGGGACGAGCUCCUGUCUUGGUGGCCAUAGCCUUAAUCGAAUGCGGGAUGAUGUACGAAGAUGCUGUCGAGUUUAUUCGUCAGAAAAGGCGUGGGGCUUUUAAUGCCAAACAACUUAUGUACCUUGAAAAAUACAAACCCAAGAUGCGCCUGCGCUUCAAGGAUGCCAAUGGUCAAAACUGCUGCGUUCAGUAGAGCAACAUUCGUCCAAAGGAUCUUUGGAAACUAUUGACAUUUUUAUUGUUAGUGUUGUUAUGAUCAGUUUUUGUUUGAUUAUUAUCUUAGACCAGGAUUUUGCUGUAUUACAGUGCCAAGCACACAAACAGGUUACACAGCAUUAGUGUUGUUGUUUUUUUUUGACCAAACAGUCUAGCCAAUCAUGUAAACUCACAGGCAAAGCGGGGUAUCGCUAGUGAUGUUUUUCAUUGUGGCAAACACAUUGGUAUAAUGAUUGACUGCAGUUGUUAGUGUUUUAUGCCCUCUGUAGAACUAGGUGUCCACUGUUGUCUGGAUUGUGUAACAAUAUCCUGCAGUACAUGAAAAAUUCACUUUGGUGAAUAUCUGUCAGCUUCUCCAAAGUUACAUGGGCACAACUACUGUAUCUAAUGUUAUAGACAUUAAACAUUCCAAGAUAUAUUCACAGCACUGUUGGACACUAGAUUGUGGUGGUCAGUAAAAUGGACAUGAUGCAGAUCCUAGAUAAUCCAAUCAACAAAAGAUUGAGAUAAACUCUAAACUGAUUGAAAUGAGUCAUUCAAAUAAUAACAAUAAAAAAAACAAAGAAUUU